GUGGUAUAAAAUGUUUCACAAGAAUUACAGGUAUGUGUUGGUAAAGGUGAACAGGCGUGUUUUAAAAAUACUGACAGCGGGCUGGAAGAAAGAAAACAAGGUGUGACGGAUAAACUUUGCAGUCGGGGCACAAGAAAUCCUAAUGACAGCAGUUCUUGCUUGUCUUGUUAAAAACUUCCCAGAAGGAAAUUAUUAGUUAUACAACAUAAGGAUGACUUUUCAGAUAACUCUGCAUGUUGCGGUUACAAUACUUCUUAACAUAGCAGGCUGUCUCUGUCAGUCAGACGUGUGUGGCCAAGCCCCUUCCAACACUAAGAUUGUUGGAGGGGCCGAUGCGACUGAAGGAUCUUGGCCCUGGCAAGCCAGUAUUCAGACAGCUGGAUCUCAUUUCUGUGGUGGAAGUCUCAUCAAUAAAGAUUGGGUUUUAUCUGCAGCCCACUGCUUUCAGAGCACCACUGCAUCUAAUAUUAAAGUCUAUUUUGGACUUCAGACCUUAUCAGGCUCGAACCCAAAUGCGAUAUCUAUGACAGUAACUCAAAUCAUCAAUCAUCCUGGCUAUACAAAUAGCCUAAAAAACAAUGACAUAGCUCUCCUUAAGCUCUCUUCUUCUGUGACAUUCAACGUUUAUAUUCGGCCGGUCUGUCUGGCGGCUGAUGGCAGCACAUUUGGUGUGGGUACUAAGAGCUGGGUCACAGGAUGGGGGCUACUCAAAUUCGAAGAUACCCAGCUUCCAAACACACUGCAGGAGGUGCAGAUACCGAUUGUGAGCAACACUGAUUGUAACCAAGCUUAUCAAGGUAGCAUUACUAGCAACAUGUUGUGUGCUGCCGCAGGGGGCAAAGACUCAUGCCAGGGAGAUUCUGGAGGUCCAAUGGUCUUUCAGAACGCCACCCUGUGGGUUCAGUCAGGGAUUGUGAGUUUUGGUCAUAAGUGCGCUGUUGCCGGCUAUCCUGGUGUGUACGCCAGGGUGUCCCAAUACCAGUCUUGGAUCAGCUCUUACAUAAGCAGUGAUCAGCUUGGAUUUGUCUAUGUUAACUCUACUGGAUCCAGUUCAUCUUACACUCUUUUGUCUUCUGUUUCUCACACAUUCUUCAUCAUCUCCCUCAUCUUCUCCCUUUAUCUCUUUGUUUAAAAACUCUACAAUAAGGGUAAAAUAAUGAUAAUGUUUGCUGCUUGCACUCCUAAAUCAUUGAAGGUUUUGAUUUUGUCAUUUCUGAUCAACGUUUGUUUAAAGAUACUAAAACCGAUUCAUUUUCACAAAAUACCUCUAUAAUAGAAAACGUGAGACUGUCACUUUUUUCAUUAACACAAUAUCUUAAAUAAUACUUUGGUUUUGUUAAUAUGAAUUUUUAUUUAUUAUUAUUUUGUUUGAUUACAAUUAUGAUUGAAAUUAUUAAGAGCUUUAGUAGGCAGUACUACAACAAAAAUCCAAAUGUUAAGUAGUCACGUAUGCACUUACAUAUUUGCCAGCCUUGCCAGAUAAGAUGAUGUGAAAUUUAACAGUAAUGUGUACAGUUAAUGUGAUAAAAUUAAAUUCUACCUUGAAAUUCUGUGGUGAAACCUAACUGCAAUUAAGUUGUACUGUGAAUUAACAUUGUAUAAUUAUCUGUCGGACAGAAUAAAUUAUGUGACAUCUACUGCAUUACUCUUUGCAGACUCUGCUCUUUUGCACCCCGUCUGCUGAAUCAGUCCUUUCUAACACAAGUACAGAAUGUACGGGGAUCUUUGAGUACAAUAAUAAACAUUUCUGUUUUG